CCCACAUCUCCGCCGCACUUCGCUUGUCGCCUGCCAUGCUCGCGCAGCCUGUGCGGCCGGCACCCUCACCCGAGCCCCCGCCGCCGCCGCCGGGCAGCGCACAGCCGACGCCGCCGCGUGCCCGCCUGCUCUGGCGCGGCGAGCUGCAGCUCAGCGACGGCUCGGCGCUGCCCGGCGUGUGCUUCGUCAGCCGUCGCUCGCCCGUAUUUGCCGCCGCCGGCGUGUCGCCCGAGCAGGAGCUGUGCCUCGCGCUCGAGAUGCUGCGCCACCGCCCGCUCGUGCUGCGCGCCGCAGCGGCGGUGCUGGCGCCGCAGCAGCAGCGCGUCGGCUUCAGCGGCAGCGGCGACGUGCGCAUGUACGUCGACCCGCGCUGCCUCUCAACGGUGGCGUGGUUCGAGCGGCACUGGUGCCAGGAGCCGUCCGAGGCAGCCAACGACGGCUCUCGCAUCUUCGAGCUCAGUCUCGACACGCUGCAUGACGCGAGCGGUCCUCCUGGGCAGGCCGGCGCACCAGCGCCAGAGGCGGACGGCAGCCAACGUGAGGCCUCGCAGGCCGACGAUCCGUUCUCUGCGGCAUACAAGCCGAGCACGAGCAGCGCCACACGAACCGCUGCGCUGCCUGGUGGCCUGCAGCUGGCCAUCUGUGCCCGCCCGGGCGUGGACAGUGAUGCAGGCAAGGUGAAGAUGAUCGUCGGCCGCACCGUCGUGCGUAGGCCUGAGCGCUCCGAGCGGCCGUCCUCGAGACCUGGAGAUCCGGCACCGCGCACCUCUAUUCUGCCAGCCGUGCCGCAACCACGACGGGCAAGCACAGCCUCUGGCGCCGUACCGGCGGUAGGGUCUGCCGCGAAGGCAGCGCCACCCGCAUCCCGCGCGCUUUCGAAGACUGCGAUGCUGCGAAAGAGCGCGAGCACGCCAAACGUGAUGGGCCUUGCCUCAGUGAAGGAGGAGGAACGUCCGUUAGGGCUCGCCUCUCCGCCUCCGCCGUCUCGCGCAGAGACGUCUGCGUCUCCGAGCAAGCGAGGCGGCAAUCACACGCCCGGUCGACGCGGCGAGAAGCGCGCGAGACCAUCAUCCGCAGCUAGUGGCAGUGGCGGGAUGCUUCAAGCACGUAUCAAGCGCGAGCGAUCUGCAUCGAUCUUCUCGCCUGCCACCGACACGUUCGAUCUGCCGUCCGUCUCAGGCGCGAGCAGCGAUGUGCCAGACGGUGCCAAGGCUGUCAACGCCAUAGAGCAGAGAAACAAGGCGGCCGUCAAGAAGCUCGUGCAUCACCAACUCUUGGGCCGCGGCUACGAGAAGCGCGACGAGGCGUACCUGGCCUGCUACAACGUCACUUGCGCGGGCACAUGCACCGCUCUUAGGGACCACCUGCAUCUGCGGCCCAUCGACCGCGCGCACGCGGCCAGCCUCGUCACUGCGCAUCUGGCCAUGUAUCUGGCACCGCUCGCUGCGCCUCUCAUACCCACUCCGUCUAUGCCGCGGCCACCGGCGGCUCCUCUCGCAGCUCCAGCGGACACGAGCGACCUCUCCUUUCCGUCUGAGGCGUUCGAGGCAACAACCAGCCCGCCGAGCGACUAGCCCUCCGUCACCCUGCCAUCGCGCGCCGUGUUACUGCAUC